CUGGCCGUGAGGGGAAGGCUGUGGCGGGAAAAGGGGGGGUGCGGUCGUGAGGGGAAAGUCGCGAUCGUGAGGGGAAAGUCGCGAUCGUGAGGGGAGAAACCGCGACAGGAGCGGCCCCGAGAUGGCCCCGCGCGACUACGACAACGAGAAAGAAAAAGCGAAGCGAUUUUUUCAGGAAUUUUACCGGGAUGGACCCGACGGGCACAAGGAAUUCCCGUACCGGGAGCAGCUGACGUUGCUGGCCCGCCGGGAGCAGGUGGCCCUGUGGGUGGCCCUGGACGAUGUGGCCGAAGAUGACCCCGAGCUGGCCGAAGCCGUGGUGGAAAACGUCCGGCGCUACAGCCGCGUCUUCUCGGACGCUGUCCACGAGCUGCUGCCCCUCUUCGGCUCUGCUGAGGCCCAGGCUCGGGACCCCCUGGAUGUUUACCUGGAGCAUCGGCUGCUGCUGGAGCAGCGGGGCCGGGCUGCCGGAGCCCCCAGGACCCCCCAAAAUCAGUUCCCCCCGGAGCUGCUGCGGCGUUUCGAGCUGUAUUUCCGCGCCCCGUCCUGCUCCAAGCCGCUCUCCCCGCGGGAUCUCCGCGCCGGCAGCGUCGGCUCCCUGGUCACGGUGGAGGGAAUCGUCACCCGCGCCGGCGAGGUGCGGCCGCUGCUGCGCGUGGCCACCUACAGCUGCGACCAGUGCGGCGCCGAGACCUACCAGCCGAUCGAGGGCCCGACUUUUACGCCGCUGCUGCUCUGCCCGAGCCGGGAGUGCCAAACCAACCGCUCGGGGGGGCGGCUCUACCUGCAAAGCCGGGGCUCCAAAUUCAUCAGAUUCCAGGAAUUACGGAUCCAGGAACACUCGGAGCAGGUCCCCGUGGGUCACCUGCCGCGCUCGCUGCCGCUGCACCUGAGCGGGGCCAACACGCGCCAGGCCCAGCCCGGGGACCACGUCAGGGUGACGGGAGCCUUCCUGCCCCUCCUCAGGGCGGGGUACGCACAGGUGGCACAGGGGCUGCUGUCGGAGACGUUCCUGGAGGGGCAUCACCUGGCCAAGGUGAGCAAGAGCGAGGAUGAGGAGGGCGAGGCCGAGCUCAGCCCCCAGGAGCUGCAGGAGAUCACGGCCGGACAGGGGGAUUUCUACGGGCGCCUGGCGGCCUCCAUCGCCCCCGAGAUCUUCGGCCACGAGGACGUGAAGAAGUCGCUGCUGCUGCUGCUGGUGGGGGGCGUGGAGCAGAACCCCCGCGGGAUGCGCAUCCGGGGGAACAUCAACAUUUUACUGAUGGGAGAUCCCGGAGUGGCCAAAUCCCAACUGCUCUGUUACAUCGACCGGCUGGCGCCUCGCAGUCAGUACACCACCGGCCGUGGCUCCUCAGGCGCCGGCCUCACCGCCGCCGUCCUUCGCGACCCCUCCAGCGGGGAGCUGACCCUGGAGGGCGGCGCCCUGGUCCUGGCCGACGGCGGCGUUUGCUGCAUCGACGAGUUCGAUAAAAUGCUGGAGGGCGACCGGGUGGCCGUGCACGAGGCCCUGGAGCAGCAGAGCGUGGCCGUGGCCAAGGCGGGCGUGGCCGCCACGCUCAACGCGCGCUGCGCCGUGCUGGCCGCCGCCAACCCCGCCCGCGGCCGCUACGACGCCAGGAGGGGGCUGGAGCACAACCUGCAGCUCCCGGCGGCGCUGCUGUCGAGAUUUGAUCUCCUGUGGCUGCUGCAGGACAGGCCCAGGCAUGAUAAUGAUCUCAGGCUGGCCCAGCACAUCACCUACGUUCACCAGCACAGCCGGGAGCCGCCCAGCAACUUCCAGCCCCUGGACAUGAAACUCAUGAGGCGUUACAUCUCCUCCUGCCGCCGGCACCGCCCUCUGCUGCCCCCGGCCCUCGGCGACUUCGUGGCCGCCGCCUACGUGGAGCUGAGGAGGGAGAGCAGGGCCGAGCGGCACGGCCUCUACACAUCUGCCAGGACCCUGCUGGCCAUCCUGAGACUGUCCACAGCUCUGGCUCGGCUGCGCCUGGGCUCGCAGGUGGAGAAGGACGACGUCAGCGAGGCCCUGAGGCUGCUGGAGGCCUCCAGAGACUCCCUCAAGGGGGACCCCGAGCCCUCAAACAGGUGUCCCCGUCCCUCGGAGUCGAUUUUCGGGAUCCUGCGGGAGCUGGGGGGGAGGGGCCGGCAGCUGCCCCUCCCCCACGCCCUGCAGGUGUUGGGGGCUCGCGGCUUCACCCCCGCCCAGGUGAGGGCGGCCCUGGACGAGUACGAGGCCCUGGACGUGCUGCAGGUCAACCCCGGGCAGAAUUUCAUCACUUUCGUGUGAAGAUUUGGGGUGAAAAACCGGGAUUUUGGGAAAAAAUACAAAAAAAAUGGGAAAAAACCCAAAAAAUUGGGAAUAAAACCCAAAAUCAGAGGGAAAAUGGGGAAAUUGGGAGCUCUGGAUGUGCUGCAGGUCAACCCCGGGCAGAAUUUCAUCACUUUUGUCUGAAGAUUUGGGGUGAAAAACCGGGAUUUUGGGAAAAAACUGAAAAAAAUGGGAAAAACGGGAAAAAAAUGCAAAAAAUUGGGAAAAAACCACAAAAAAUGGGGAAUUUUGGAAUCCUGGAGGUGCUGCAGGUGAACCCCGGGCAGAAUUUCAUCACUUUUGUCUGAAGAUUUGGGGUGAAAAACCGGGAAUUUGGGAAAAAAAUGAAAAAAAUGGGAAAAACUGGGAAAAACUGGGAAAAAAACCCAAAAAAUUGGGGGGAAAAUGGGGAAUUUGGGAGCUCUGGAUGUGCUGAAGGUGAAUCCCGGGCAGAAUUUCAUCACCUUUGUGUGAAAACAGCGAAAAUUUGGGGUGAAAAACCGGGAAUUUGGGAAAAAACUGAAAAAAAAUGGGAAAAAACGGGAAAAAAAUGCAAAAAAUUGGGAAAAAACACAAAAAAAUGGGAAUUUGGGAGUUCUGGAUGUGCUGCAGGUGAACCCCGGGCAGAAUUUCAUCACUUUUGUGUGAGGAUUUGGGGUGAAAAACCGGGAUUUUGGGAAAAAACUGAAAAAAAUGGGAAAAAACGGGAAAAAAAUGCAAAAAGUUGGGGAAAAAACACAAAAAAAUGGGAAUUUGGGAGUUCUGGAUGUGCUGCAGGUGAACCCCGGGCAGAAUUUCAUCACUUUCGUCUGAAGAUUUGGGGUGAAAAACCGGGAAUUUGGGAAAAAAUAAAAAAGAAAAAAAAAAAGGGGAAAAAAAGCCCCAAAAAUGGGGGGAAAAAUGGGAAAAAACCCCAAAAAUGGGAAAAACCACAAAAUUGGGGGAAAAACCCCCAAAAAUCGGGGGGAAAAUGGGGAAAAAAAAACAAAAAAUGGGAAAAAAACCCAAAAAAUGGGAAAAAAAUCCCAGGGGAAAAAUCCCAGGGGGAAUUGGGGGAGGAAAAAUGGGGGAAAUUCAGCUGGAAAUGGACAAAAUUGGGGUGAAAAUGAUGGAAUUUGGAUCAAAAUGACGAAAAAUGGGAUUGAAUUCCCACUGGAAUUCCCAAAAUUCCCACUGGAAUUCCCGAAAUUCCACCUGGAAUUCCCAAAUUCCCCCCCAAGGUUUUUUUUUUAUUGUUUUUUGGAGCAAUAAAAGGAUUUUUAUCAAUUAAAAAUUGUGA